GCCACUCUUAAUAAAGGCUUUUUAUGCUUCUCCAACAAGAAUUGGACAUGAGGUUGGCCGUUGGCCUCACACCCCUAACUGAAUUUAAUCAUGGUCUUCCUUACUUACACUACUUAUUCUUAAGCUGAGAAUGCAUUCAUUCAUCCGUGUGUGACAAGAACUAGCAGAGCAUAUAAUUCCAUUUCUCUGCUCACUCUCACAACAGUGACUGAACCUGUUAGCCAAAGUUUCAUUUGAAAAUGGUACUUCCCUGCCCUGCCCAAAUACUAGUUGGCCUCUCCUUAGACCCAGAUGACAGCAAGGAGCUUCUCUCAUGGGCAAUAAGAGUUCUAGCCAAUCCAAAUGACACCAUUGUGGCUGUGCAUGUUCUUGUUGCUGCGGAUAAGAAGAAGCGUGUCUCAGUCAGAAGAAGGCAAUCACAACUUAGGCAGGCAAAAGCAUAUGUUAUAUCUGUGCUUGGAGAAUUUGCACAGUCCAGUUGGUCUAAGCAGGUUAAUUUGGAGGCCAGGGUGGCACUCAAUUCCACAGUUGGUGAAGGUUUAGUGGAGGAAGUCAAGUCCAUCAAUGCUGACUAUCUUCUUAUCCGUGGCUCAAGAAACCGAACAAAUAAAAUUGGAACUUCUAAAGGAAUCACCAAGUAUUGCUUUGAGCAUGCACAUGAUGGGUGUACAAUGGUCUCAGUUGGGAGACGUACAAAGGCAGAUCAAAAUGCCAAUUCAAACUCAACACGUUUUCAAGCAGAUAAAAAACAACCAAGUUCAAGAUGGUUUAAGAAGAAUAACCAAUAUGGCAAGGGUGCCUCCCCUAUUCUGGAGGAUUAUAUAUCAGGAACCAAGGCUCAGAACCGUUCACCAAGAACAGUACUAGAUGGUCUAGAGGGACAAUCGAACAGCACUGAAGAUGAUACUUUUAGCACUAGGGUCUCAAGCACCACAAAUACCCCAUCAUCGGAUUCUAAGAGGCGAUCCAAGAUAAGAAAACCACAGUUCCCAUUCAGGUUCAUAGUCUCAUUCCUUGCUUCACCAUUUAGAAGCAAAAACUUUAGCAUAUCCAAAAAUGAAAAGCGUCAGCCUUUGUUGAAGUGCUUCAGCUAUGAACAGAUUUCCAAUGCUACCAAAGACUUCCACCAAGAUAAUUUGGUUGGACGAGGUGGGUACUCGGAAGUAUACAAAGGUGAUCUUUCAGAUGGACGAACCAUUGCUGUGAAGAGGUUGGCCAAGGACAACAAGGAUCCUAACAAGGAAAAAGAGUUCCUUAUGGAAUUGGGUGUUAUUGGACACGUCUGCCAUCCUAAUACUGCAACUUUAGUGGGCUGCUGCAUUGAAAAUGGGCUUUAUCUGAUUUUCAAUUACUCUCAAAAUGGAAAUUUGGCAACUGCACUGCAUGGUAAAGCUGGAGAUCCACUAGACUGGCCAAUCAGAUACAAAAUUGCCAUUGGUGUUGCAAGGGGCCUUCAUUAUCUUCAUAAAUGUUGCAAACACCGAAUAAUUCACCGUGACAUCAAAGCUUCUAAUGUUCUUCUGGGUCCUGAUUAUGAACCACAGAUUACCGAUUUUGGGCUUGCAAAGUGGCUUCCUAACAAGUGGACUCACCAUGCUGUGAUCCCCGUGGAGGGCACAUUUGGAUACUUAGCACCAGAGUACUUUAUGCAUGGAAUCGUGGAUGAGAAAACAGAUGUUUUUGCAUUUGGAAUUCUACUUUUGGAGAUUGUAACUGGACGGAGACCUGUUGAUUCUUCAAAGCAAAACCUUCUCCUAUGGGCAAAGCCUCUGAUGGAAUCAGGGAAUAUUGCUGAGCUAGCUGAUCCAAGAUUGGAAGGCAAGUAUGAUGGAGAGCAACUCUAUAGGGUAGUGCUAACGGCUUCAUACUGUGUGAGACAAACUGCCACGUGGCGUCCCCCAAUGAGUGAGGUAUUAGAGCUGCUAACUAGUGGCCAAGAGAGUGAGGUUGGAAAGAGCUGGAGGAUCCCAAAGUUCACUUCUGAUGAAUUGGAUGAUUACUCCAUGGUUUUCGGAUAUGAUGUACCCUCAGACGUAUCUUUGGAGGAUUAUCUGUGAGAAUGAAAUGUAGGGUUCAGUUUCAAUUUUCUUUUCCAUACUCUAUAUCUUAGGUUUGUGGUAGGAGUGAAGUAAUAAGCAUUAGAUCAGAGGCUUGUUCUUUAUUUGCGUAACUUAUCAUAUGACUCUCUUUUUUGUUGUUUAUUUUGUACACCUUAGUCUAGUCUGUCUUGGUUGAGCAAAUACGAACUUUUCUAUUUUUUUGGAGUUGAAGGGGAGGAUUAUAAUUUUUAUGAAGAUUUUAGGGAAAUAUUGUUAAUACGAAAGACAUUCUUGUCUGUGCCAAGUUGUUGGUAUAAAAAAUUUAGUUUGUCUUUGUUUUGAUGUA